CGAACCGUCGUUUACAUCCUCAAGCAACAAAAACAAGACUCUAAACACAAGCAGUGAUUUGUUCAUUCGUUCGGUAAUAAUUUUUCCCGGCGAAAAGAGAUAAUGGCGUCGGACCAGCAGAAGAUGGAGAGAGCGGAGGCUGCCGCGUGGCAGGCGGCCAACGAUCUCAGGGACGUCAACCGGCAGAGAGAGUACAAGGAGUCAGCGGAAUCGAACAAGGCUCCGUCGGCAAUGGACAGGGACGAGUUCACCGGAUCCGGGGCACAGGACCGGCCGGGGCUAUUCGGAUCGAUGUUCCGUGCGGUGGCGGACACCGUCGGGCACACCAAGGACGCCGUGAUCGGAAAGGGCCAGGAAGCAGCUGAGAAGACAAAAUCCGCCGCGGAGACGACAGGGGAAAUGGCGAGGGAGACGAAGGACGCCGCGGGGCAGAAGUUGGAGGCAGCUAAGGAGACGGCGAAGGGGAAGGCUGGGGAAUUAGCGGAGAAGGCCAAGGAUACGAAGGGAAAGUCGGCGGAGACAAUGGACAAGGUGGCUGAGCGGACGGCGGAGACGAUGGAUACCGAUUACGCCGCACCGAUGGUGGAAUUGGACAGAGACGAUCGUCCGGCGGCGGGUGAUGAACGUCCGGGGGUGAUUGGAUCGAUGUUCCGUGCGGUUGCGGAUACCGUCGGGCACGCUAAAGAUGCGGUGGUCGGUAAGGGCCACGAGGCGGCAGAGAAGACGUACUCUGCUGCCGAAAUGGCAGGGGAGAAGGCGAAGGAGACGAAGGAUGCCACGGCGGAGAAGGCCAAAGAAACCGCGGAUGCGGCGGGGAGGAAAUUGGAUGAAACUAAGGAGUCUGCUAAGGGCAAGGCCGGAGAAGUGAUAGAUGCGGCUAGAGAGAAGAAGGAAGCUGCCAAGGAGAAGGCAGGGGAGUAUGUUGAUUAUGCUGCGAAUAAAGCAGGGGAGACUAAAGAAGCGGCGAAGGAGAAGGCAGAGGAGUACACGAAUUACGCGGCGGAUAAGGCCAGGGAGGUCAAGGAUUCUACGGCGAACAAGGCGUGGGAAACGAAAGAAGCGGCGAAGGGGAAGGCAGAGGAGUACAAGAAUUACACCGCGGAUAAGGCCAAGGAGGCGAAAGAUUACACAGCCGAAAAGGCGUGGGAAACGAAAGAAGCGGCGAAAGGGAAGGCAGAGGAGUACAAGGACUACACAGCCGAUAAGGCGUGGGAGACGAAAGAGGCGGCGAAGGGGAAGGCAGAGGAGUACACGAAUUAUGCGGCCGAAAAAGCCGGGCAGGCAAAGGACUUGACGGUGGAGAAGGCAAGGGAGGCGAAGGACUACACCGCCGAGAAGGCUAAGGAGGCAGCCGAUAAGGCGGUUGAGACGAAGGACUACACGGUGGAGAAGACUAAAGAAGGGGCGGAGACUACCGGAAGCAAGCUAGGGGAUGUGGCGAGGGCGGCAAUGGAUUUCUUGUCCGGCAAGAAAGAGGAAGUUAAGGGGAAGGCUGAAGAAACCGCACAAAUGACCAAGGAGAAAAUGAGGGAGACCGAGGAGGAGACGAGGCGGAAAGUGGAGGAGCUGAAGCUUCAGGAUGAAGCUGAGAAGGCCGAUUAUGAACACAGGAAGGAGCAUGCUGAGAGGGGGAGAGCGGCGAGGGAUACUAUUUACGGCGGCGCGGUGGGGCUCGGAAACAUCUCGGACUCGAUCAUGAGCAAGCUGAGUCGGCCGGGGGCCGUGGCGGUGGAGGAGAUAGACGUGAAGAUGGAGGAGACUCGGCCAGGAGCGGUGGCGGCGGCACUCAAAUCGGCGGAUCAAAUGGCCGGUCAAACUUUCAACGACGUUGGGCGGAUGGGUGACGAGGGCGUUGUCCGCGUGGAGGUCAAACGCGAGGAGAAGUGAAGAGCCCAUGAAGCAUCUGACUAAUGGGCCUCCUUUUGUUGUGAUAUUCCCUGUUAAAUAAACCUCUUCAGAUGGGGCCUCCUGUUGAUCUGAUUGGGUUUUGCUUUAUUUUGCUGUCAAUGGCCUUAAGAGUGGGCUGGGCGGGCUUUGUAUUCUACAAACACUUCAGUUUUGGCCCGUGUUUUCGAUUGGCUAUGUUUUAAGGAGUUUGUUUGUUUGUAGUUUGUACGGUCAUUUUCUACGUUGGAGACGUGGACCGAACGCGACGUAGCUCUGAAUCUGAUGUGAACCCUACAUGCAGACUAG